AAUCACAAAGAAACGGUAGGGCGCAGCCAUUUUGGUGUGUGGUGACGACGCGAAUAGACGCCGGUUGCUCUUUUGAUCCCAAUUUAGAAUUUAUUCAAAGAUUUUAGUAUGACCGAUAUGGAAGACCGUACUAACAACGAUCGUGGAAGGCGCGAAAAAAGACCACGGGAAGAUAGCUUCAGGGACCGCAGCCGAGACCGGGGUAACGCCAGAGAGCAAAGGAGCGCUAAACCCUCCCAAACUAGAGUGUUUGUAUCGAACAUUCCCUACGAAUAUCGUUGGCAAGAUGUGAAAGACAUCUUCAGAAAUGAGGUGGGUGAUGUUUCCUUUGUGGAACUAUUUUUCGAUGAUGCAAACAAAUCUCGAGGAACCGGCAUCGUCGAAUUCGCUGAUAAAAGUUCUGUUGACAAAUGUCUGGAAAAAAUGCAGCGAUAUGAAGUUAAUGGUAGAAAGUUAGUUGUUAGGGAUGAUUCCGGCGUCACUAGGGACAGAUCUGGAGCUAUACUAUCUGGCACUUCAAGAAGGCCUCCUGAGAGAUCCUUUGGUGGUAGUGGCGGCGGUGGUGGCGGCGGAAUUAGUUUCAGCAACAAUAACUCUUUCAGCAGUAAUAAUGAUGGAAACUGGGGCAACACCUAUGGCUUGAGUCCUCAGUUCCUUGAAUCCUUGAAAAUUGACCCGCCCCUUGUUAAUAGGGUUUUCAUUGCUAAUCUUGAAUACAAUGUUGAUGAGAAAAAGUUGCGAGAUGCCUUUAAAUUGGCAGGUAGAAUAGUAAAUAUUGAUCUUCCUGUUGACAAAGAAGGUCGUAUUAGAGGUUUUGCUGUCAUUGAGUAUGAUCACCCGGUCGAGGCUGUACAGGCCAUUUCAAUGUUCAAUCAUCAAUCUUUCUUUGAUCGUACAUUGGCAGUGAGAAUGGACAGGGCAAAUGAUAAUAUCAAAUUGCCUGAGGGUUUAAGGUCCAUCGGAAUGGGUCUAGGACCCAAUGGAGAACCUUUGAAGUGUGUCGCUCAUAAUCUUGCUAAUCAGUCUAAUUCAUCGACUAAUGGACUUUUGGGAGCAGUUCCAAAUAAUACUUUGCAACAAUUGAGUAGUUUGACAGGUUUGAGCGCUCUGAAUGCUCUUCAGUCUGCCAACCUUGGCAGUCUAUUAGGAAACAACUUAGGAUCUAACGAUCUCAGCUCAUUGGUUUCAAGCUCACUUGGUGGUGGAGGCGGAGGAGGUGGCAACCCACAACCAUUUGGUAAUAAUUCAAGUUCAAAUUUCAACUCCCAGCCUUCAAACUAUAACUCACAGUCUUCGAACUUGGGAUCUGGAAAUUCUUAUCAUAGAGGUGGAGGAGAUGAUUACCCAAGUGGAGGAAAUAGCUUUGGUGGGGGAAAUUUCGGAAACGGAAAUAACGAUGGUUAUAAUAGCUCAACUAGUCUGUCAGGCAGAGGUUUCCAAAAUUCCGGCAACAUUUCCACAUACACCAGCGACAGAUUAUCAUUUGUUGAUAAUACAAACAAGGCUUUCUCCAAAAAAGUUUUAAUUUCAAAUCUGCCCUCUACAUUGAGUUACAACCUGCUUAAUGAAAAAUGUCAAGAAUUUGGUGACGUUCAAGGAUUUGACACAAAAGGACAAGGCUCAGUGCUAUUGACUUAUGCAUCAGAUUGGCAAGCCGAAAAAGCUAUCAAAAAUCUUGAUAAAGCUAGAAUUGACGGAAGGAUGAUCGACGCCAGAUUGUACUUCUAAAUUAGAACAUUAAGAUCUUUUUUUACAUUAUGUAUUUUAAUUAUGUUUAGUUUUGAGGUGCCUUGGUACAAAUAUUCAUUGUGUAAUUCAUUCAGUUAUGUGUGUUUGACAUUGAAAAUAAAGAACUAGUUUUAAAGUG